GUUUGUUUUUAGUUUUUAUUUUCGUAACCAUUUUCUUGUGUUAAUUAUAUGAUUUCGUUUAAUUUAAUUAACGUUACCUCUGAAUUAUCGCCGGAAACAUGUUUUAAGUUAUUCAUUGUGUUAUUUUGCGGUCUGUGAUUAGUUUAUGUGUUUUGUUGAUUAUUUCAACAUAAUGAAGGUGGACACAGCAAGUAGGAGGCGACGCGCACUGCUCGACGUAGCAAGUCGCUACGUGUGGCUGUGGGUGUGCCUGGGGGCAUGGGCGGCGGCGAGCGCGGGGGUGCAGGCCGCGGCGCCCGCCGGCCCCUCCGCGCGCCCCGAGGCCUACUUCAACGGCAGCUCCUACAUCCGCCUGGCACGCCCCAUCUCCCUCAAGCAGCUCGUCGGUCUCAGCUUCCGCACAUGCGUCGGCGGGGAGCUGUUUUCGCAACGGUUCGAGGGGUACACGCUGCACGUGACGGCGCUGUUCGAGCAGGUGGUGGUGUCGUGGGCGCGGCCGGGUCAGCCGCAGCGCGAAGUGGGCCUGCCGCAGGAGACGCUCGACAACCGCUGGCACUGGGUCGCGCUGCGCUACCGCCCCGAGCCUCUGUCCCUCCUUCUCGAGGUCGAUAAGGACACACAGGUGAUAUCGAACGUGACGUGGAACCCGGAGCUGCUGAGCCCGGGCGCGCUGGAGGCGGGCGGCGCCGUGCUGCUCGUGGGCAACCUGUUCAGCGGAUGCAUGCACGAGGGGCCGCAGCUCGAGUUCCACGCGCAGCACGCGCAGGACCACAACGUGCUCUUCGGAAACUGCCCCCUCACCACCGACCAAUGCAUCGACAGGAAAGAUGUGCUGCGCAUUCCGCCCAAAGAUCACUGCUAUAACGAGCCCUGUAUGCGCCACGGCACCUGCAUCUCUCGCCACGACAGGUACGAGUGUCACUGCAGCGCGCGCUACACGGGCAACAACUGCGAGGUGGACGCGGGCGACCCGUGCGCCUCGGCGCCCUGCCGGCACGCCGCGCGCUGUCUGGAGGACGCGCGCGGCGACUACAUGUGUCUCUGCACGCCCGGAUACCACGGAAAGUAUUGCGAGCUGGAGGUGUCGCUGGACCCGCAGUGCGUGGCGGGCCCGUGCCGCAACAACGGCAGCUGCAGCGUGCCGCCCGGCGCCGACGUCUACGUGUGCGCCUGCCCGCCCGGGUACACGGGCCGCAACUGCGAGACGGACGUGGACGAGUGCGCGGCCGCGGGCGUCGCCGGCGUCGCCUGCCUCAACGGCGGCCGCUGUCUCGACGCCGUCGACGACUACACCUGCGACUGCAGCGGCACCGGGUACGGCGGGCCGCGGUGCGAGGUGAACGUGAACGAGUGCGAGGAGGAGCGCGGCGUGUGCGGACACGGCGUGUGCUACGACACGUACGGCAGCUACGUGUGCGCCUGUCUGCCCGGAUACACCGGCGACCAGUGCCAGAAGAUGUCUGCGUGCGCAUCCGGGCCGUGCGGUGCGGGCGGCGCGUGCGUGGAGGAGAGCGGCGGGGCGGGGUACAGAUGCGUGUGCGCGCGGGGCUGGGCGCCGCCGCUGUGUGACGCGCCGCUGGCCGCCAGCACGCCGCCGCCCGCCGCGCCCGCCCCGGCCCCGCAGCCCCCCGCCUGCGCCGACCUCCAGUGCCCGCCACACUCGCACUGCCGCGACGCCCACUCCCUGGGUCUACCCGGCAUGGUGGCGGGAGUGAUGGUCACCAAGCAGGUCAUCUGCGUCUGCGAUCUCGGAUACUACGGUUUGCCGGGGCGCGCGCCCAACUGCACGGCGGCGGCGGGCGCGUGCGAGGCGGGCGUAUGUCUCAACGGCGCCACCUGCACGCGUCUCGCAGACCGCAUCAACUGCACCUGCGCCCCGGGGUACAAAGGCGUGUACUGCGAGCUGGCGACGGCGGCGGGCAAGGCGCUCUCGGAGCUGAAGGCGGAGCGCUGCGUCUCGGCGCCCUGCGCCCACGCCACCGCCUGCAGGGACCUGGUAAGCAUUAUCUUACCGGGCGGGUUCCGGUGCGAGUGCGAGGCGGGGUGGGGCGGGGCGCGCUGUGACGUGCAGUGCCGGCCCGGGUACGGCGGGGCGCAGUGCGACCUGCCUCUGGACUGCCGCGCGCUCGGCUGCCCGCACCGCUCCGAGUGCGUGGAGCAGGGCGGGGCGUGGCGCUGCGCGGCGCCGGGGGCGGAGUCCGCGUGCGCCUCCUCCCCCUGCCACAACGGCACCUGCCUGGCGCUGGACACCGGCCUCUUCAGCUGCCAGUGCCCCGCCGGCUACACAGGAAGGUUCUGUGAAUCGGAUAAGGAUGAAUGUUCACUGAUGCCUAAGAUAUGUAACAACGGUGUUUGUGUAAAUGUUCCGGGAUCAUAUCAGUGUUAUUGUAAGCCAGGAUACACUGGUGAUAGUUGCGAACAAGAUAUCGAUGAAUGUCUUUCCUCGCCUUGUAAGAACGGCGGCACUUGUCAGAACUUAGAGAAUAAUUACGAAUGCACUUGUAUGGACGGCUUCGAUGGCAAAGAUUGUUCAAUAAAUAUAAACGAAUGUGAGAAUAACCCUUGCGCUGCCGGGUCCACUUGUGUCGAUGGCGUCGCCAGUUACUCGUGCGUCUGUCAAGACGGCCUCACCGGACCCAAUUGUGAAAUUGAUAUCGACGAUUGUAAGUCGCAGCCUUGUCAGCACGGCGGGCGCUGCGCCGACGCCCUCAACCACUACACGUGCGAGUGCGCCGGCACCGGAUACGAGGGCGCCGACUGCGAGCUCAACAUCGACGAGUGCGCGCAGCAGCCAUGUCGCAAUGGCGGCACCUGUCUCGACGACCUCAACGACUACCAUUGCGCCUGCCAUGCUGGAUACACCGGCAAGAACUGCGAGGUGGACAUAAACGAGUGCGAGGGCGAGCCGUGCAAGUACGAGGGGAUCUGCCUGGAGCGCAGCAACGCCAGCCUGUACCGGGCCCCCGACGCCCCGCCGCUGCUGCUGGGCCCGCAGCCCCACAUGCUGCUGCCCGACCACUUCUACCAGCCCUUCUCCUUCGACAACGCCAGCGGGUUCGAGUGCGUGUGCGUGGCGGGCACUGAGGGAGCACGCUGCGAGGUGAACGUGGACGAGUGCGCCUCCUCGCCCUGUCGCCACGGCAAGUGUCUGGACGGCGUCGGCGGCUACAGCUGCCUCUGCUCGCCCGGCUUCGAGGGCGUGCACUGCGACCAGGAGAUCGACGAGUGCCUCAGGUACAAGCCGUGCGCGCACGGGCGCUGCUACGACCUGCGCGCCUCCUACUACUGCGCCUGCGACGCGGGCUGGGGCGGCCGCAACUGCUCCGUGGUGCUGGAGGGCUGCCGAGACCAGCCCUGUCGCAACCACGGCACCUGCCUGCCCUGGCUGCGCCGCGAGACCGAGCACCGCUUCAACUGCUCCUGCACGCCCGGACACUACGGCACCACCUGCGAGAAGAUAACCACCAUGUCGCUGGAGAACAGCAGCUACGCGGAGGUGCACACGUCGCGCGAGGAGGGCUACGACAUCUCGUUCCGCUUCAAGACCACGCUGGGCAACGGGCUGCUGGCCAUGGGCCGCGGCCUCACCUACUUCUUCCUCGAGCUGUCCAGCGGCCGCCUCAACCUGCACUCCUCGCUGCUCAACAAGUGGGAGGGAGUCUUCAUCGGCUCCGGCCUCAACGACAGCAACUGGCAAAAGGUGUUCGUGACCAUCAACUCGUCUCACCUGGUGCUGGCCGCCAACGAGGAGCAGACCAUCUACCCCAUCAGCCAGAACGAGGCGUUCAACGCGUCCGUCACCUCGUUCCCGUCGACGCGGCUCGGCACCGCCGGCUCCUCCUACGCCACGCUCACGCACGGCCCCAACUACUUCGUCGGCUGCUUCCAGGACGUCGUCGUCAACGGGCAGUGGGUGCUACCGGAGGAUUCCAACGCCACGUCUUCGGAGGCGACGACCGAGGAGACGCAGGUCGCGGGCGGGGAGGAGGAGGAGGAGGAGGAGGGCGCGCGCGCCGAGCUGCACGGCGUGCUGGCGUCGUGCCCGCGCGUGGCGCAGUGCGAGCCCAACCCGUGCCAGUCGGGCGGCGCGUGCGAGGACGCGUGGAGCAGCUUCGUGUGCACCUGCCCGCGCCCGCACCUCGGCGCCACCUGCCAGUACGCCUUCACGCCCGCCACCUUCGCGCACGAGGCGGCGCCGCGCCGCGAGACCGUGCGCGUGCGCGUCUCCCCCGCCGCGCGCCGAGCUGUGCGCGCGGCCCUCGACAUCUCCAUGUUCAUUCGCACGCGUAAGCCCACCGGACAGAUCUUCUACCUCGGCUCCGUGCCCAGGGACGGGCAGCCGGAGGAGACGCGGGUGGGCGCGUCGCUGAACGGCGGCGAGCUGCUGCUGCACCUGCGCUUCAACCUCACGCCGGAGAACUACACGGUGGGCGGCACGCGCCUGGACAACGGCUACCUGCAUCUCAUCGAGGUGGUGAGGAACUCCACGUUGGUGCAGGUGAAGUUGAACGGCACCGAGUACUUCCGCAAGUCGAUCUCGGCCGCACGGCAGCUCGACGCGCAGGUGCUGUACCUGGGCGGGCCACCGCCCCUGCCGCAGCCGGUAGCGGAUACGACCCCCGCGCCGCCCGUGGCAGCUGCGCUCGUGGCUGCGCCCAUCUCACCGCUGCCCUCGUCCGCAGCGCCCGCCCCCGGCCCCACCCUCGCGGCGCCCGGCGACAGUCCGCCCGGCCCCGGCGCCCCGCCCGCCCCGCCCUCCUCCCCGCCGCCGCCCACCCCCUCCAGCUCGGAGCCUCCGACCCUCCCUCAGCAGGACGAUGACCCAGAUUACUUCAAAGGCGUCAUACAAGAUGUUCAGGUGUCCAACGGCGAGAGCGUGUGGGUGGUGGAGUUCUUCCCGCUGAAGGCGGAGGGUCUGCAGCUGCCGCCCUCCUUCGGCGAGGUGUCGUUCUCGGGCAGCGGGGUGAUGCGUGGCGUGGUGUCGGACGACGCGUGCGCCUCGCGCCCUUGUCUGCACAACGCCUCCUGCUCCCUCACAUGGAACGACUACACGUGCGCGUGUCCCCGCGGCUACAAGGGCAAGCAGUGCGCGGAGGUGGAGUUCUGUCAGCUGCAGGGCUGUCCGCUCAACUCGCACUGCCGCAACCUCGAUGGCGGGUACGAGUGCGUGUCCAACGCGACCUUCGACGGCGCCAACACGACGCUGAGCUACCGGCUGCGCGUCCCGCCCGCAUUCCCCGAGCGCGCCGCGGAGCACCCCGCACCGCCGCGCUCCCUCACCAUCACCUACAGGAGCAAGACGGGCGGCACGUUGUUCCACGCCGAGCUGGGGGAGUCGUGGUUCAGCGUGGGCGCGUUCAAGGAGCAGGUGGCGGUGCAGUGGCGGCUGGGCGGCGGGCUGCCGGCGCUGCGCCGCAUGCGCGCGCGCCGGAACCACCUGCAGUGGGGCACGCUGCGUCUGCGCCUCGCCGACGGACACAUCACCGGUGCGUUCUUGGAAACCGAGGGAGAGGAGGAGGUCGGGUUCUCGGCGCCGAUAGACGUUGCGGCGUGGCAGCGGCUCAUGCUGGAGGGCGAGCUGCAGCUGGGCGGGGUGCGCCGCACGCGAGCCGCGCCCUCCGCCGCCCUCGCCUCGCCCACCACUCCCACCUCCACCACUGCACUAGCGGAGAGCGGUACAGAGGCUGUGUGGGAGUACGCGGAGGGUGAUGACCUCAUCGUAGACAACCUCGUCGGCGAGUACUUCAAAGGCUGCCUGGGCGCGGUGCACGUGGGGGAGCUGCUGUUGCCCUUCUUCAGCGAGGAGGAGUUGUUCGUGGGCGCGGCCGCCUCGUUGCUAGCGCGCCAGCCGUACUACGCCUUGCUGUCUGGUCGUGCGUGGGGCGCGGCGCAGGGCGUGGGCUGCGUGCUGUGUCUGGAGCAGGACUGUCAGCGCGGCGGACACUGCGCAGACGUGCGCAGCUCCUACGCCUGCGCCUGCCCGCCAGGGUACGCCGGCGACUACUGCGAGAUCGACGUGGACGAGUGUGAGACGCACCAGUGUCAGAACGGCGCCACGUGCAAGGACGGCGUGGCCUCAUACACCUGCCUCUGUCCCGAGGGCUUCGAGGGCGAACUGUGCUCUGUGGACGUGGACGAGUGCUCGUCCUCGCCGUGUGAGAACGGCGGCACGUGUCUGGACCUGCCCGGCGCCUUCCAGUGCGAGUGCGGCGCGGAGUGGCGCGGCGUGCGCUGUCACACCCCCCGCGAGCGCGGCUGUGCGCACGCCCCCUGCGCCCCCGCGCGCGCCGCCUGCCGCGACCUGCCGCCCGACCCGCCGACGGGCAACAACUACACCUGCGACUGCUUCGAGGGCUACCAGGGCGUGCACUGCGAGCUGGCCUUCUGCGAGGUGGAGUCCUGCCGACACGGACGCUGCCUCGUCGAGGCCAAUCCGCCGUACUGCGAGUGCGAGGAGGGGUACAGCGGGAGGCUGUGCGAGACUGCGCGGGAUGAGUGCGGGGCGGGCGGGGCAGGUGGGGGUGUGGGCGGGGCCUGUUUGCACAACGGGCGCUGUCUCGACCGCCGCGGACACUUCCUCUGCGACUGCACCGGCACCGGAUGGACGGGCGCGCGCUGCGAGACGGACGUGGACGAGUGCGCGGCCGGCCUGGUGCGCUGCGAGCCUGGCCGCUGCCGCAACCUGCCCGGCUCCUACACAUGCGAGUGCUCGCCGGGUCUGUGCGGCGACGAGUGCAAGUUGCCCGACCCGUGCUAUACGAGAUGGGAGGGCGCGGAGGGCGCGGCGGGCAACGAGUCGACGAGGAGCGAGACGGGCGCGGCGGGGCCGUGUGAGAACGGCGGGCGAUGCGAGCAGCGCUGCGGGGCGCACGUGGACUACACGUGCUACUGCAGCGCGGGCUGGGCGGGCAAGAACUGUACGCAGCAGGCGCUGGACGAGGAGGGUCUCGAGGGCGGCGGCGGGGGCGGGGGCGCGGCGCGCGUGGCGCUGGGCGUGGGGGGCGCGCUGCUGGCGCUGGCGCUGGCUGCGGGCGCGGGGGCUGCGCUGGCGGCUCAGGCGCGCCGCAAGCGGGCCACGCGCGGCACGUACUCGCCCUCCGGCCAGGAGUACUGCAACCCUCGCGCGGAGAUGAUGCACCACGCGCUGAAGCCGCCGCCCGAGGAACGGCUCAUAUAGUUACACCGCGCCGCCUCUCACACACAUUUAUUUGUAGUCAAUUGUGUCGAAUAACGCAGUGACAAUCAGAAUUACUUUGACGCUAAGAAGAACUCAUAGUGUAUUAAAGUGGACUUUUCUUGAGAUUUGUGGUCGAUAUGAUGUAAAAAAACACCCUAACAAUGUAUUAAUUAGUUUGCGUUUUUUCUGCUGAGCCUUUACCAAUAAGCGUGUGUUGUACAGCAGUGGGCGGUGUCGGCUGACUCCGCCCCGCGCGCGCUUUGCUCCACCUCUCGUACCUUUUUAUAUGAUGUAAUGGACAUGUUCAUAGAUAUUACUCGUUACGUAUGAUUUGUGAA